UUUCCCUCUUGGUGCUUUGCCUCUUAGAUAUCCCUCGCCUGUACUUCCAAAUAUGAAAAAGUUUUGUGACAAAAAAUUUUGUAAGAAUUCAACAAAUGAGGAAGGCGAAGAAAUAGAUGAAGAUAAUUGUGAAGUUGAGGAGUCAGAUAAUUAUAAACUGAAGAUUGAGGCUGAUUCUGAAUUACAAAAAAGAAUUAUAGGAUGUAAACUUCAUCAUUCAAUGCAAAAACUGGAAGAAGAGUAUAAUACGCAAAAUAGAAGGGUGCUAACUAGGCAACCUGAUUCAACAAUUGGUGUCAUAGUGGGCCCCUCCAUGGGCCAUUACUCGGAGGCAACUAAAGAGCUCACCGCGACCUCCAAAUUUACAAUAAAGUUGUUAGGCGAAGACAACAUAAUUAAUAAUUUAAGAAUUAUUGCCGCUGUCAUACUGUAUAGUCAAUAUAGUCACUUACCUCUUUUGUAUUAA